AUGCCUGAGGAAUUAACCAAUGUGACUGUCAUAACAGAAUUCUUGCUCAUGCAAUUCCCUGAAAACAAGGUGCUACCAAGACUGUGUGCCGCACUCUUCUUCCUCAUUUAUGUGGCAGCCGUGACGGGGAACCUCAUCAUCAUCACCCUCACCACCAUUGACCAGCAUCUCCAAUCCCCCAUGUACUUCUUCCUGAAGAAUUUGUCUUUGAUUGACAUCUGCUUUAUUUCUGUCACUAUCCCAAAAUCCAUCAUAAACUCUCUGACCAGCAGCCACUCCAUUUCCUUCAUGGGAUGUGCCGCACAGGUUUUCCUCCUAAUUUGUUUUGCUGGCACGGAGUUUGCCCUCCUCCUGGUGAUGUCCUAUGACCGCUAUGCUGCCAUCUGCCACCCUCUGCACUAUGAGGUUGUCAUGAGUAGAGGCGUCUGUGUGCGGAUGGUGAUGGCAUCAUGGGUCAGUGGGAGCAUCUACGGAUCCCUUCACAUUGCAGGAACCUUCUCUGUCCGCUUCUGUGGGCCCAGCACAGUCCAUCAGUUCUUCUGUGAUGUUCCCUCACUGCUCCAAAUUGCUUGUUCUGGUGAUCAAAUUCUAGAAUAUGUGUUUAUUAUUGUUGGCUGCUGUUUUGCUUUUGUAUGUUUCAUUUUAAUGGUUGUUUCCUAUGUUUACAUUUUCUCCACCAUCCUAAGAAUUCCUUCUGGGCAAGGCAGGUUCAAGUGUUUCUCUACCUGUGUUCCUCAUCUCACUGUGGUGACCUUGUUUCUAUCGUCUGGAUUUAUUGCGUAUUUAAGUUCAGCUUCAAAAUCCCCAUCAUCAUUGAACCUCUUUAUGUCCAUAUUAUACUCUCUUUUAACUCCCAGCCUAAAUCCUCUCACUUACAGCCUGAGAAACAGAGACAUGAAGGUGGCCCUUAGCAAAUUUAUUGGUGGAAAACAGACCCCAUAG